CUAAAUCCAGGACCAAAUCCAUCAGGACGUCCCCUCUGUGACGUGCUGCUGGGGUGCCACAUGAGCAGGGGGUCUUACAGGAGGCAAUACUUUAAAAGCCCCUUCUGAGGAUGCUUCAUAUCCACUGAGGACGACUCUGAAUGCCGUGCGUCUUGUGCGCAAGUUUUCCAACAGUCUCCGUUCUGAUUUGAAACUUAAUCCAACACAAGAAAGGGAAAAAAAACGCAAAAAAGUUAUUUCUGAAUAAUUUUUUAUCUCCAUUUUCGGACUUUUAUCGACAAAUGUGGCUUCUUGGAUCAACUUCCCAAGUGAUGAUGAUGAUGGAUGAGCGCCUGUCUCCUUCCUUACGUGCCGUCCAGAACCAAGGGGACAACCCGUCUACCAUCCACAGCAUCGAGGCCAUACUGGGAUUUAAAGAGGAGACACUUUUCCUCAAAUCAGCUUCCUAUAACAUGACGGAAAGAGUCCAGGGCAAAGACACCGAGCGCAACGGGAAUGUCAUCGGGACUCCAAUGAAGAAAAGUCACUCCUCAGAAAGUUUUGACAGUAAGUAAAACCCAAAUUUUCAAACUAAAAUCGGACAAAUCAAGAGUAACACAAUAUUUUUUUGUAGAUAAAAGUCAGUAAGUUUAAAUUUCUCUCCUUAAACUUAUUUAAUUUACUUCCUAAUGGGGUAAAUACUUUCUUAAAACAGGUGCCCUUUCUUGCGCAAAAAGUAGGCCUACAAAAAUCCUUAAAAAAACAACUAGAAACUUUACAAACAGGCUUCAAUUAAUACCUAAAUUAAUCUACUAAGUCUCAGUUUAAAACCUGACAAAUCCAGACUUUCACGCUCCUCUGUCUUCCUCCCUGUCCACAGGUGUUUGCUGUGCCAGCAGCGGCGCUGAAGCAUCAUCCGUGUGUCCCGACUCACCGGACAGAGACGGAAAACUGUCCGACGACGAAAACCCCAAGAAGAAACAUCGUCGGAACCGGACAACUUUCACCACCUUCCAGCUGCACGAACUGGAGAGAGCCUUCGAGAAGUCUCAUUACCCGGAUGUGUACAGCAGGGAGGAGCUGGCGCUGAAGGUCAACCUGCCGGAGGUCCGAGUACAGGUAGGAACCCAAAUACAGACUCUUUGUUCCCCCCUCUUGUCCCGCGUAAAAUUUAGGCCUGCAAGCGUUAAAAAUACCAGUGACAGUCGUAGCUAAAAUUGUGUGGCUAUUAAUAUGUUUUAUUUACACAAAAAAGUCGAAAAGGACAAAAUAGGCCAACGAAAAACCUUAAAUAAUAUAUUUACAUGGGGUUGUUUCAAUCUUCUUUUUUUUGUCCAAAAAUAAAAAUUAUAGAAACAUCUUUUUGGAUAAACAGUAGUCUAGAUUUUUUAACAAAUCUCCAUUUGUCAUACUUAUAUUGGUUUGUAACUUUCUAUGGGAUCUGAAUAAUAAUAAUAAUCCAUGUACCUUAAUAUUAACCUAAAUUAUUGGAUCAGUCAAAAAAGUGUUCAGCUAUAUGAAAAUGAGAAGACUUUUUUUCAUAGUAAAGAAUCUGUUCUGUUUGGUUUCAACUGAAAUUCAAAAUGUGUUAAAACUUGAAAAAAAUGCAAUUUCUCAAGUGACAUUUUCAUAAUUUUCCUCGUCGAUCAUAGCAUUACAGAUUAAAGAGUUUUGCUAAAAUUUGCACUAUUUCUGAUUAUAUUGUAUAAAUAUAAUAUGUAUAAAUAUUUCUUUUUUAUCCUUUAAAGUUUUCCCUGCUGUCCUUGCAGGGUUACAUUUGUGUAAGUUUGUACUGGAGUUUAACAUUCCCCCCAAUCUUUCCAGGUUUGGUUUCAGAACCGGCGUGCAAAGUGGCGUCGUCAGGAGAAGCUGGAAGUGAGCUCCAUCAAGCUCCAGGACACCACCUCCUCUUCCCUGCUCUCCUUCACCCGCUCCCCCAGCAGCUCCCUGGGCUCCGGCCUGCAGCUGGACCCGUGGCUCUCCUCCCCGAUCACCUCCUCCACCUCCCUGCAGUCUCUCCCCGGCUUCAUCACAGGCUCACAGGGCAUCCCGGGCACCUACGCCCCAUCUCCUCCUGCUUCCAUGCCAUCAUCCCUGUCGGCCUCCUUCCUCAGCUCCCCUGCUCUGGGACACAGCCCUCACCUGCCCCACAUGAGCUCCAUGUGCCCUCCGCCCCCUGCGUACCCCUGCUCGGCUGACCCCAGGAACUCCAGUAUCGCCUCUCUGAGAAUGAAGGCCAAGGAACAUAUUCACGCUAUUGGGAAGACAUGGUGAUGCUGAGUGGACGUAACAUGGACAUUUAUACCCCGAAAAAAAAAAGACUUCUGCACCGUGCUGUUGGGAUCUUGAACUGGAUUUUUUGAAGAGUCAAAUUUACAGUGAACAUGCAGGAUGAAAUUGAUUCACUCCUUCACUAAUAGGGAUAGCACUUUUAGGUCUCCAUUUUAAGCAUCGAUAAAUGUUAAUAAAAGGUGUUGGACAGGUUUGAUAAAACAGCUGAGAUUGUAUUUAACCCUGGGACAAAUCUGCAUCCUCCCACUAAAACAUUGUAAUGUAGUAUCGCCAUUUAACUAAUGUUUUUACACAGCUUAUCAUUGCUGAAUAAGAUGAUCUAAAAACCUGCGGCACAAACGGAAACUCCUGUAAAAUAUCAAACUAAUGGACAUGAUUUAAAGUUUUUCUUCUUCUUCUGUAUCUAAUGUGUUUCUGAACAUUUUUACUUUCAUUUUGCCCACUUUCAUCGUAUGCAGUGCUAUGUCUUUAAAUAUGAAAAGCCCAGUAGUACCCAUCAGUAUUUAUUUCGCAUUUGUUAACACAGUCCUCGUCAUCUCUGAUUCAUCUCUGAUUUUUGUUUAUUGAUGUUAAAAUUUUAACAGAUGUGUUUAUUUUCUCUAUACAAUAAACUUUAUAUGUAAAAAUGCUUUAACUAAACAGUUUCAAUUAAAUUUUCAAAAAAUAGGG